GCUGAGUGAACGUUCUAAGCAAUUUUCAACGCAUGGUACGCGAUCCGCGUUCCAGGCUCGAUAAGUGUCGAGAGAUUCUCGAUUGAAUUGCGAUAGAUUUCUUGCCGAAAACAUUAGCGCCAAAGUAAGUGUAUCGCCGAAACAACGAACUACUUUCGGAACAAUACUGGUGUAUACAACGUAUUCGGACCUGUUCAUCGUUACACGUCAAGGAAUAAACGCAGACAACGCUCGUGAAACAAAAUAACGACGUGCCGUAGGGAUUUGGCCAUCUUGGAAAGAUAUGUUGUAUCGGUCAAAACGUCAACAGUAUAGUGUGUACUGCUCGAUACAUGUCGCUGGCUUGCUUUAACUACGGCCGACUAACACGCCUAGUUAUUAGACGACACGGUGGCGCAUUUGACACGCGGUUAUAAUUGCAACAGAAGCGUAGCUUCGUCGAAUGAUGAAUCGCACUGACGGAUUAGUACAACGUCGACGCGUGGUUAACAGCAGUAGUGGCAGCGGUCUAGGCCAGGAUGGCUCCAACGAUGUUGGCCACAAUGAUAAAUUGUCUGGCCAUGGCACGGACACGGACUCUUGCAUGCAGAAAGAUCUUAAUUCGAACCCCACUAUCGACGACGAUUCUGACAAGGAAACCAGAUUAACACUUAUGGAAGAGGUUUUACUGCUUGGUCUGAAGGAUAAAGAGGGUUACACAUCCUUUUGGAACGACUGCAUAAGUUCUGGUUUACGUGGUUGUAUUUUGGCAGAACUGGGAUUUCGUGGACGAGUAGAGCUGGAGAAGGCUGGUAUGCGCAAGAAGGGCUUGCUUGUGAGAAAACUACUGCUGAAGAAUGAUGCUCCUACCGGUGACGUAUUGUUAGACGAAGCUUUGAAACAUUUAAAAGAAACUGAUCCACCAGAAACUGUUCCUAGUUGGAUCGAAUAUCUCAGUGGGGAAACAUGGAAUCCAUUAAAAUUAAGAUACCAGUUAAAAAAUGUUAGGGAAAGAUUAGCCAAGAAUCUUGUGGAGAAGGGUGUUUUAACAACUGAAAAGCAGAACUUCCUAUUGUUUGAUAUGACGACACAUCCUCUUACUGACAACCUUGCCAAAAGUCGACUUGUAAAAAAGAUUCAAGAAGCUGUGCUAAGUCGUUGGGUCAAUGAUGCUGGUCGUAUGGACAGGCGAACAUUGGCCUUAGUUAUCCUAGCUCAUGCAGCUGAUGUAUUAGAAAAUGCAUUUGCACCACUGUCUGAUGACGAUUAUGAAGUAGCAAUGCGAAGAGUGCGGACAUUAUUAGACUUGGACUUUGAAGCAGAAGCCGCUAAACCUAAUGCUAAUCCAGUUCUCUGGGCCGUAUUUGCUGCAUUUACUAAGUAACAGCUUUUUCACAAACUACAGAGUGUAUAAAGCAAAUACCGGGUACUAGCGUGAAUACUUGGGACUAUCAAUUUUGCAUGACUUUUAGUUACAGUCGGAAUAGUUGCAAUCUGAAAUGGGAUAGUUACGAUCAUUGUUAUCGAUCAUACGAUUCAGACCAAAUAUCUUGAGCUCGACUGUGUAAAGCAGGUUUAGAAUGUUAGCUAUUUCCAUUAUUGUUAUUUAAUACAUUUGACGGCUGAAUUAUGAAUGUUCAUAUUUAAAUACUUCAAAAAGCAAAAAAAACGAACAACAGAAUUUAAAGUGUGAAUGAGUACUUUGCGCAUGGGGGUAGUGCCAUGUCAGCUCAGAAACGAAACGAUUGCACUGUGCUGAAUUUUGUCCCAUAUUUUCUCCAUGUUUAUCGUGUCUGCACAUGGACUGCAAAUAUGUUUAUAGACACAGUAUUUACGUGGCCGGACAUUUAAUGCUGAAUUAAGUGCCACAUUUCCGCUAGUUAUCUGAUUGAUAAAGCGAUGAAAGUAAUCCUUUGCACAUUCGUGAGAUCGAUUUUUACGAUUCUUUUAGGUCUUCUCUUUACAUGAAAAUGGAUGUGCUAGAUUCACUUCCAAAAAAGAAAAACUUGAUUUAAAAGUAAAAACAACAGUUUAUUAUAGCUUCUCUAGGUGGCAGUAAAGUACUCAAAUGUCAGAAAUAUGAUUACUUUAUGAACGUCAUUCGUAUCACGCGUUUAAAAACUAUCUUGAUGUAUCGUCGUGAUCCUUGACUAAACGUUCCGCGGAAAUAGUUCGAAUUUGAACAAUUUUUAAGUAAUACGUGCGUAGACACAUUUUCGAUACAUUUUGUUACUAACUUAUCGUGUAUAUGUUGCUAUCAUUAACAUUGUACAAUGUGAUAUGUAAGUAGAAAAAGUGCAAAGUGGAGAUUUCUUAUAAUUAGUGAAAUCAGUUUGUGAGAACAGCAAAAACGGAUGACAUUUAAAAUGGACUUGGAAAUUUCGAGAAUAUGUCGUUACUUUUUGAAUACGAUGGAAAAAUGUAAGUAAAUAUCAAUAAUAUAUAUACACACCAUCAUCUUACAAAAAUUUUAUGAGUAUGUAUAGGGUGAUCAAGAAAUAUUUUUUUUUUAUUUUUAAGCACUGUAAUAGGUAUUAAAUUAAAAUCUUAAAAUAUUACGCAAUAUUUAUUUAACAAGGCAUUUUGAAACAAUUCACAAUCAUAAUUUGUGAAGUUACUGUAACUCAUCUAACAAAAGAUGUAUAACUAUUUUUCAUUGUUAUUUUAAUCAUAUUGAUUUUAAUAUACAGUUUAUAUUAACUAUAAAUAAGUGGCAUUAAUGUAUAUUGAUUAAAAAGGAUCAAAAAGUUUCAGACCAAUUUUUAUAUGAUUAAUAUUUCUUGAAACAUCCUGUAAUCAUUGAAUUUUUAUGCAAACUAAUGUAAAGAUACUUUAAUUAACAUAUAAUAAUAUCGAAGAAUUCUAUAGAUAAGUUUGUACAAUAUACAAAAUUAUUUUGUGUUUAAAUAAUUAUGUAUUAUAGAACAGUAAAAUUCUUUCUGUUUAUAUAUAUUUCUUCAAAAUAAUAAACAACUGAUAAAGAAAUAGAUGUUCCAAAGUCCCUUAAUAUUGCUGCCUUAGUAUUACAAGAUUAUACAUAGAAUAUGUUACCAUAAAGAAAUAUUAAAAUUAAGAACUGUUAAAUUCCUUAUAAUGCAACAAAUAGUUACUAACUGUAGUUCUAUAUAGCUCUAAAUUUGCUUACAACAGUAACUGAAAUUAUUAUAAUAGGGAGCUUGCUGGACAAGCAUGUCUCAUAAGUAAUGAGCACAUUUAACACUUAUUGUAAGAAUACUAAUGAUUAAAAAAAAUGUUUCUACCAAUGAGAA